AUGGAUGUGUUUGGUGGUGCGCCCCGUUUCCUGGCCUACCCGCGGCCAGUGGUGGUACAAAGUGGCACUGACGGAGUCCUAAAGUGUCAGAUUAGCGGUGAUCCAAGGCCUGCAGUUAUCUGGGAGAGAAAUAAUGAGAAGAUUGACCCACAGGGACGAUAUAGAGUCUUCGAGGAUGGAAACGUUUACAACCUCAUCAUUUCAGCUGUAACCGCAGAAGAUAGUGGUCAGUACAUAUGUAAAGCAAAGAACAGUAUUGGGGAAACCUACGCAGCGGCCACACUGAAGGUGGAAGGGGAGGCGCAGGAGAUGGAGCUACGUGAGGAAAAUAAGCCCCGAUUCCUCAUCAAACCCCUCUCCACUCGUGUCGGUCGUGGGGAAGAUGCUGUCUUUUCAUGUAAACUGUGGGGAAACCCUCGGCCAGAGGUUGUCUGGGAAAAAGAUGGUAGGAAACUCAAUGAAAUUUUUGAGAGCACACAUUUUAGUGUGGGCUACCAGGAUGGCGGAUGGUUCCAGCUUAAGAUCUUCAAGACUCGCGCACCAGAUGGUGGGGUAUACACAUGCAAAGCCAGGAAUGAGUUUGGGGAGGGGUUGGCAGGAGCUGUGUUGCUAGUUGAUGCAGGCCCAGGACAUGAGGACGACGGAAACCGUAAUGGUUACACAAAUGGCCACUGGAAAGCUCAUCCGGGCAAACAGAGGAGUGGCAGGCAGGUGUCAAAUCGGCUCAAAGAAGACACCAUGACCAAGUCUACCAAAGUGAAAAUGUUUGCAGUGACAGAGGGCAAGCAUGCGAAAUUCCGCUGCUUUGUGACUGGGAAACCCAAACCCGAAAUAAUCUGGAGGAAAGAUGGCAGGCUGAUACUUUCUGGGAGGCGUUAUUUGUUGUAUGAGGACAGGGAGGGAUACUUCACUCUAAAAGUACUGUACUGUAAGCAGAAAGACAAUGGGGUUUAUGUUUGUGCUGCGUCCAAUACUGCAGGACAAACCCUCAGUGCUGUACACUUGUCUGUAAAGGAGCCGCCUGUGCGGUUCAAGCAGCCUCUCAUUGAUCUAGAGGUAUGGGAACGGGACUUGGCUGUUCUUGAGUGUGAGGUUCCAGAAGACUCAGUUCCCAUCACGUGGUAUCUGGAGGACCGACGACUGCAGCCAGGGGCCAAAUAUGGGAUGGAAGAGUGGGGAACCAAACGGCGACUAACUAUCCGUGACAUUGACGUCGAUGACGAUGGGAUUUACCUAUGUGAGAUGCCUGAUGGAGGGAGAAGCAUUGCAGAGGUAGCUGUGAGAGGAACAAUUGUGCGUAAGCUACCAAGAAAAGUUGACGUCUUAGAAGGAGAAAAUGCUGCUUUUUGUGUGGAAGUGGAAGAAGAGGAAAUGGACAUACACUGGUAUAAAGAUGGCAUAGAACUGCGCGAAACCCACCAAACAAUUCUAAAAUCUUUUGGCCGGACUCACAUCCUGGUUUUUGUCAACACAAUGCCCCAAGACUCUGGACUUGUGACCUUCUUCGUAGGCAGAUCCAAGACUUCCUCUCAGUUAAGGGUGAAAGCGGCCAGACAUUGUCCUCCCAGUUGUCCAGUGGGUGUGCAGAUCAACACUGAGCGUGCCAAUGCUGCUCUACUUUCCUGGGUUCCUGCUCAGGACACACGAAAAAAUCCACCCUCUGGAUAUGUGUUGGAGAGACAGGAGGUGGGCACUGGCUCACAGGAGUGGCUACAGUGCCUGACCACUGAUUCUGCCACCUCUGUGGAGAUCCUUGGGGACAGUGUACCAUGUGAGGCUGAUUACCGCUUUCGCAUUUGCAGUGUGAACAAAUAUGGCAAGAGCAACAAUGUUGAAUUCCCAAAAGCAGUUCAUUUAGUCCCAGUGGCCAGAAUACAGACCCCCUUACAGGAUGCCUUGGUGCCAGAGGGGCAAGACGCCAUCUUCUCUAUUGAACUUUCUGCUUCAGUUAUUGGGACAUGGUUCUUAAAUGGUACUCAGCUCCAGGAGGACGAGCAUUACUCCAUGCGACGGACAAGAACGCACCAGUCUCUUCGCAUUCGAGGGGUGCAAGACACCGACAAUGGAGCUGAGAUUACAUUCAUUGCCUAUGGCAUUCGGGAUUCUGCAGCAUUAUACAUUCAAGCUCCUCUUGUGAAGUUUUCUUCACUGUCAGAAAUGGAUCGUAAUAAAUUUGUAGAAGUUGGGAACCCCAUCGUGCUCUACUGUGAGCUAUCAGAUCCUGCAGCUCCAGUGAACUGGUACAAGAACGGGGUGGAAUUACAAACCAGUGAGGGCCUUCAUAUCCAAUCAGAGGGCACCAUGAGAAGAAUCGUCAUCCAAUCAGCAGAGUUCUCACACUCGGGAGUGUAUUGCUGUGAUGCCAUUGAUGAUGUCAUCAGAUUCAAUGUGGAAGUAGAGGCGCCGCCGGUAACGUUUGUCCACAUCCCAGAGGAGGACCUUUUCAAAACUGUUGUCGAAAAAGACCAGCUUAUUCUAUCGUGCGACGUGUCAAGGGCUGAUGCCGCUGUCCAAUGGUACAAUGAUGGAGUUGAAAUACAUCCAAGACACAACAUUACAAUGCAAGAAGAUGGCACGGCAAGAAUUCUAACAAUCCAUUCAGCUCAACUGUCAGACACAGGGACAUACACAUGUCGCACUGGAGACUGCACUUUAAUGUUCAAGGUUAACAUACGAGAACCUCCGGUGACGAUAGCCUACCCCAAAGAGGAUGUCCAUCUUGACCGCCAUGUCCCUGAGGAAAUCAUUCUCAGCUGUGAGCUUUCUCGUCCAAAUGGUAUUGUCAUCUGGUACAAGGAUGGUCAAAAGCUGCAGGAGAGUGAAAACAUAAAGCUUAAAAUUGAAGGUCCUUAUCGAAGGCUGAAGAUUCUUUGUAGUGGUGUUGAAGAUUCUGGAGAAUAUGUCUGUGAUACAGCUGAUGACUCAAUAUUCUUUCAUCUUACUAUUACAGAACCUCCAGUGCGGAUUGUAUCUCCGAGCCAGUCUCAAAUGGAGCUGUGCCAGCAGACAUCUGAGAGGAUGGUACUCAGCUGUGAAAUCUCACGACCCAACGCUGCUGUUCGCUGGUACCGAGACGGGUUGGAAGUGGAGGAAAAUGAAAAUCUCAUCCUAGAGGUGGACGGUGUUUAUAGGAGGCUUAUUAUACCCGAGACGACUGUCAAAGAUUCAGCCGAAUAUGUGUGCGACACUGCUGAUGACUCCAUGACGUUCUUUGUAAACAUAGCAGAGCCUCCUGUUCGUUUUGUGCGUUCAAGGAAGAUGGCAAGCAUGGUAGAAAAAACUGUUGGGGAGACUUUGGUGCUGGACUGUGAGGUGUCCAGAUCAAAUGCUGAAGUCACCUGGAAGAGGAAUGGGGAAGAACUUGAAGACUCAAGAAACAUUACAAUCCUUGAGGAUGGAGUUCUGCGCCAAUUAACGAUUCAUUUGCUGACAACAGAAGAUGCUGGACAGUAUGUCUGUGAUGCUAAGGAUGACGUGAUGGAUUUUAAAGUCAAGAUCAAAGAAUUGCCUGUGAAAAUUCUAGGAAAAACUGAGGCAAACACAGAAAAGCAGUUCUUGGUGUCAGACGACAUCGUUUUAGUUUGUGAACUCUCAAGAGCCACUGCCUCGGUCAGCUGGUACAAAGAUAACCAGCUAAUUACUGACUGUGAAAGGUACUGCAGUGAGAAACAAGGAGCUUUCCACUCACUGGUUGUCCUAAAUGCUGGGCUAGAAGACUCUGGAAAAUACACCUGUGAUGCUGUGGAUGAUAAGAUGGUGUUCUAUAUCACAGUCAAAGAGCCUGCUGUACAGAUCAUUGGAAAUUCUGGCAACCCAGAGCAUCAUAUCCUAAUCUCCGGAGAUGACCUCAUCUUGGAAUGUGAGGUGUCUCGGCCAAAUGCCGCUGUUCAGUGGUUGUGGAAUGACAAGUUACUGAAAUCAGACACCCGCGUCAAAAUUGACAGCCAUGGUAUCAUGAGGAAGCUUGUCAUCUCUGAACUCCAACCCUCAGACUCAGGAGAGUAUAUUUGUGAUGCCAUUGAUGACAAAAUGACAACAGUUGUUGAAGUCCAAGCCCCCCGUAUUGUUGAGUUUAUUGCGGAGCUUCAUAAUAUCACAGUUCGUGAAGGAGAGGAUGCAACGUUCAAGUGUGUGCUUUCACCUGUAGACACUCAGCUGGUGUGGUGCCUGAAUGGCAAGCGAGUGGUUAACAAUGAGCGGUUUGCCAUUUCAAGCAAUGGCUUAUGCCACACGCUCUGUAUCCACAACUGCCAGAUUUCAGAUAGUGCCAGGGUGACAGCAGAUGCAGAGGGGUUACUUUCUAAAGCAAACCUCCAAGUUCAAGAACAACAGGUGCUGUUUACUAAAAACAUGGUGCCCAUUGUGGCCGAGGAGUUUGGUGAGGCAACUCUAGAGGUGGAAGUGAAUCUGGAUUCCGGGGAGGUUCAAUGGAUGAGGCAAGGGGUGUUGAUCCACCCUGGAGCCAAAUACACCCUGAAACAUAAAGGCCAGAAACGCAGUCUCACCAUCCACAAACUCACAAUGUCCGACCGGGGCACCUACAGCUGCGAGACCCUCCAUGACCGCAUGCAAGCUCAGCUCACUGUGGAGCAGCGGAAAAUCACAAUCAAGAAGGGACUGACAGACAUGAGAACCACAGAGAGGGAAACGGCAUCGCUCGAAGUGGAAUUGUCCCACUCCAAUGUCAGAGGCGCCUGGAUGAAAAACGGAAUCAAACUAAAAUCGACAAAUCACUGGCGCAUGAGUGCCAAAGGACGCAUCCAUAGCCUCACCAUUUCUAACCUGUCGGUGGAGGAUACUGGCACAUUUACAUUCUGUGUUGAGAAUCAGAAGACAUCUGCAAGGCUUAUUGUGAAGGAGCCACCUGUGACAAUUCUUAAAAAGCUGGAGGACAAGAAAUUUCCAGAAGGAACCAUUAUAUCUAUCGAAUGUGAGCUGUCAAGGCACAAUCUGGAUGUGAAAUGGAAAAAGAACGGAUUUGAGGUGAAGCCGUGCAAAGACCUACGCAUUUAUGCCAUGGGAAGGAAACGCUUUCUCCAAAUAACGAAAUGUCAUGUCAGCGAUUCAGGCCUGUACACCUGUGAUGCCGGAGUCGUCGCCACAUCCUGCACCGUGGAGAUCUAUGAGCGUGAGCUGCUGAUGGUUCAGGGUCUGGAGGACCUGGACAUUCAUGAGGAUCAGAAUGCUGUGUUUGUCUGUGAGAUCUCAGUGGAUGACGUACCAGGGGAAUGGUACAAAAAUGGAGAGAGGAUACAACCCACCAGCACCAUCAAAAUCCGACAGGAAGAGACCAAACACUUUCUUCUCAUGUGCAAUGCACGAAAAGAGGACUCUGGAGAGAUCAAGUUUGUUGCCAGACACAUCGAAUCUAUAGCCAACCUGGAAGUUAAAGAGCUUCCCGUCAACAUUGUGAAACCCCUGGAGGACAAGACUGCCCUGGAGAAAAGCCGUGUGAUCCUAGACUGCACGUUGUCCAACCCUAGGUCCAGCAUCCGCUGGUACAAGGGCAGCAACGUCAUCCUGCCAUCAGAGCACUUUGAAAUCUGCAGUGAAGGCUGCUACCGCAAGCUGAUCAUCCAGCAGGUGACUCUUGAUGAUGAGGGUGUGUACAGUGUGCAGGUCGGAGACUACACCUGCUCGGCAAACCUGACAGUAGAGGCCCAGUCUCUGUUGAUGGUAAAAGAGCUAGAGGAUGUGGAGGUGUUAACCUCUGAGGAGGCCUGCUUUGAGUGUGAGGUGUCGGCGCCUGUCCUCAAAGCACCGGUAUGGAGUCUGAAUGGGGAGCCCUUACAGCCGAGCCCAAAGGUGCGCCUGGAGAAGAUGGGCGUGGUCCACAGACUAACUCUCAGACAGACCUCCAUAGCCAUGAACGGUUCGGUUGAGUUCUCAUUAGGAAAAGCAAAGAGCAGUGCCCAGCUUCGUGUCCUGAGUAAGUGA